AUCGUCUUCGACUUUUACGCCGACUGGUGCGGGCCCUGCAAGCAGCUCACGCCCACGCUCGAGCGCAUCAUCAAAGAGCGAUACCCGAAGGUGGCGCUGGUGAAGUUGAACGCCGAUGCGCCCGCGCUGGCGCCGGUGAUGGAACAAUUGAGAAUCAGCUCGCUGCCGACGGUGAUGGGGCUGUCGCGCGGACGCUUCGUCGAUCAAUUUAAAGGCGCGAUCGGCGAGAGCGACGUGGUGAAGUUCGUCGAU